CAAUUAUGUGUCAAUUGCAGACGAUAAAUUACGAUAUUUCAAAUUACGUAAUGGAUUGUAACUAACAUAACAUUACAUGCUCAAGAUUGUAAACAUGACAAACAGAAUAGCUGUUUGUUUGUUUCGUAAUGAUCUAAGAUAUCAUGACAAUGAGGUUCUCGCACAUGCACACAAAAAUGCAGAUUACAUACUACCGCUUUAUUGUUUCGAUCCACGCCAUUUUGUAGGAACACACCACUAUGGUUUUCCAAAAACAGGAUCUUUCCGAACACAAUUUCUCUUAGAAAGUGUUGAAGAUUUACAAAAGAAUUUGUUAAAACAUGGAAGUAACUUGAUGAUUGUUCAUGGAAAACCAGAAGACACUAUUGGCAACAUUAUGAAAAAUCUGGUAGGAUUCAAGCUUACAUUACUUUUACAUGCUGAAGUAACAAAAGAAGAAACUAAUGUCGAAAAAAGUCUUCAGAAAGUAUGCCAAGAAAAUAAAGCAAGCUUUGUCAACAUCUGGGGAUCAACUUUGUACCACAAAGGAGAUCUGCCAUUUCAGAUCAGUCGUGUUCCUGAUGCAUAUACAGCUUUUCGAAAAGAUGUGGAAGAUAAGCUAAAAAUCCGCCCAGAAAUUUCAAUGCCAGCAAAGCUGAAGCCAGUUCCUUCUGUUCCAUCAGAAAUAUCUUGGGGAAAUCUUCCAUCUUAUGAAAUGCUAAAUUCCACUAAGCCACUAUUGAAUCCUUCUUCAGCUUUCCCAUUCAAUGGAGGUGAAACAGCUGCAUUGCAAAGACUGAAAUCCUAUCUGUGGGAUACAGAUGCUGUUGCCCAAUAUAAAGAAACAAGAAAUGGAUUGAUUGGUCCCAACUAUUCAACAAAAUUCAGCCCUUGGCUGGCUCUUGGCUGCCUUAGUGCAAGAAAAAUUCAUUGGGAACUUGAGAAGUACGAGCAGCAGAGAACUAAAAACCAGUCGACCUAUUGGGUUCGUUUCGAGCUGCUUUGGCGGGAUUAUUUCAAAUUUGUUUCGAUAAAAUAUGGAGACCGGAUAUUUUAUCCAAAUGGGAUGAAAGGAAAACGUCAAGAAUGGAAGAAGGACAUGGAACUAUUCAAGGCGUGGCAAAUGGGGAAAACAGGAGUCCCGUUUGUCGACGCUAACAUGCGUGAACUGUUAGCAACUGGUUGGAUGUCAAAUAGAGGACGACAGAAUGUGGCCUCGUUCCUGGUUAAAGAUUUACAACUGGAUUGGCGCUUAGGCGCAGAGUGGUUUGAAUCUUUGCUGCUCGAUCACGACGUCUGCAGCAACUAUGGCAAUUGGAAUUAUGUAGCGGGUAUCGGAAAUGAUCCGAGAGAAAAUCGGAAAUUCAACAUGAUCAAACAAAGCAUGGAUUAUGACCUAGAAGGAGACUUUAUCCGUCUAUGGGUUCCCGAGUUGAGAGAAAUACCAGGAUCAAAAAUUCACUCACCCUGGAUGCUCAGCUCAGGGGCCCUCUCUGCAGCGAACGUCAGACUCGGACAAAACUAUCCUAAUCCUGUUGUUGUGGCACCCGAAUGGAGUCGUCAUCACCGGGAAGGAAAGGAUAGCGGCCAUGGCGGACGAGGUCACGGAAUUCCUAAAGCAGGGAAUCAACGAGGGAUUGAUUUUUAUUUCAAGAAUCCUGGAACCAAAAAUAAAAAUUAAAAGCUUGUGGAAAUACUUAUCUGAAACACUUUCGAAAUGGCGAAGCACAGCUCUUGACGAGUUUCAUCUUCCCAGCUGAGAAUCCUGUAAUAUACUGAUAUUUAUUACACCAAAACACUUUCGUG